CCAACAGCCCCCGGCGCUCCUCGCAAGAACAAGCCGCCGCCGCUGCUGGCUCAUCUCCGGCCCCAAGUAAUCGGCCGCCGAACGACAUGCCCCCCCUGUCUCUGUGUGCUCUCUCGGCACGCUAAUCGAGGUGUCGGUUUAUCGGCUCGCUCGGCCUGGCGACGGGCAGGGUGGACGCCGUCGCAGGGGUGCGUCUGGUGACGGCGGCAGACGCCAUUUUACAGGAAGAGGUGAGAGGGCAGCCGGGCCUAUCGGCGAGAGGUAUCCCACCGUUUGCAAUGGCCAACGUGCUCUGUAGCAGAGCAAGAUUGGUCACCUACCUGCCAGGGUUUUAUUCCUUAGUCAAAAGAGUUGUAAAUCCCAAGGCUUUUUCUACAGCAGGUUCCUCUGGCUCAGAUGAGCCUCAUGUUGCUGCUACACCUCCUGAUUUAUGUUCAAGAACUGUGUGGCCAGAUGAAGUAAUGGGUCCAUUUGGUCCUCAGGACCAGAGAUUCCAGUUGCCUGGUAAUAUUGGUUUUGACUGUCACCUAAAUGGCACUGCUUCUCAGAAGAAAAGCCAAGUUUCAAAAAGUCUGCCUGAUAUACUAGCAGAGCCUUCAGCAAGUGAAAGGCAUGAGUUUAUAAUGGCACAAUACAUAAAUGAAUUUCAGGGUGCUGAUGUUCCACAGAAACAGCAAAUAAAUAAUGCUGAAACUUACUUUGAAAAUGCAAAGGUAGAAUGUGCAGUACAAGCUUGUCCUGAACUGUUACGAAAAGAUUUUGAGUCAAUGUUUCCAGAAGUGAAUACCAACCAGUUAACAGUAUUAACUGUCACCCAGAAGACUAAAAAUGAUAUGACUGUAUGGAGUCAAGAAGUGGAGGAUGAGAGAGAAAUGCUGUUAGAAAAUUUCAUUAAUGGUGCCAAGGAAAUUUGCUAUGCAAUUUGUUCAGAAGGCUAUUGGGCCGACUUCAUUGAUCCAUCCUCAGGACUGGCAUAUUUUGGAUCCUACACAAACAACACUCUGUUUGAAACAGAUGAACGCUACCGCCACUUGGGAUUUUCCAUUGAUGAUCUUGGCUGCUGCAAAGUUAUUCGUCAUAAUAUCUGGGGUACUCAUGUGGUUGUAGGAAGUAUUUUUACUAAUGCUGAACCUGACAGUCCGAUCAUGAGAAAACUAAGUGGAAACUACUAGUCUUCAAGGUUUCACAAGUUCUUAUGACCUUUGCAUUCUCUUCCUUGAUGAUUCUCUCUAAGCAUUGUCAGGAAAUGCCACAAAUAAUAAAGUAGCUGUAAUUUA